UGCUUCCACGCUUUACCAAAAACUACAAAUUGUCCGUGUUUACUAGUAAAAUUCGCCAAAAACGAAUGAAAAACAGUGAUAAUUGAUUGAUCGACUUCAACAGUAGCUUCGAUUAAAAGUAAAUUUGCCAUGGUAAACGAUGAGGGCGGCGAAAGCACCAAAACUCUAUGCAAGCUCACCGGUUACGACUUCUACCGCUCCGCCUUGGGAUCUCCGCGGUAUGUCGUGGCACCCAUGGUGGACCAAAGCGAGCUGGCCUGGCGAAUGCUGUGCCGGCGAUAUGGCGCCGAACUCUGCUACUCGCCCAUGUACCAUGCGAACCUCUUCGCCACAGAUCCCAAAUAUCGCAAGGACGCCCUGCAGACGUGCAGCGAGGACAGGCCGCUGAUCAUCCAGUUUUGCGGGAACGAUGCUCAACAGCUUCUGGACGCAGCCCUUUUAGCACAGGACCACUGUGAUGCGGUGGACAUAAAUUUGGGUUGUCCCCAGGCCAUCGCCAAAAGGGGUCACUACGGAUCCUUCCUGCAGGACGAGUGGGAUUUGCUGUCGGAGAUUGUAAGCACAUUGCAUGCAAAGCUAUCCGUACCUGUGACCUGCAAGAUCCGCAUCUUUGAGGACCUCGAAAAGACCAUCAGAUAUGCCAAAAUGCUUGAGGCUGCCGGCUGUCAGCUCCUUACUGUACACGGAAGGACCAGGGAACAGAAGGGUCCGCUGACCGGCGUGGCCGAUUGGAACUUCAUUAAAGAGGUGCGGCAGCACAUCAAGAUCCCCAUGAUUGCCAACGGCAACAUCCUGGGCUUGGAGGACGUCCAUCGGUGUCUGGCCGAAACGGGAGUCGAUGGCGUAAUGAGUGCCGAGGGCAAUCUCCACAAUCCGGCCAUCUUCCAGGGAGUGUCGCCCCCCGUCUGGCAGAUGGCCAGUGAGUACUUGAAGCUGGUGCAGGUCCAUCCCUGUCCGAGCUCCUACAUUCGGGGGCAUCUUUUCAAGCUCUUCCACCACAUUAUGAAUAUCCGUCAGAACUCUGAGCUGAGGCAAUACCUGGCCACUGCCAAUCAGCUAGGGCAAUUUCAAACUGUCGUCCAACAGGUACAGGCCAAGUAUGAACCCUUCCACAAGGGCGAACUACCCUAUGAAAUGGAAGAAAUGGCUGCUGGAUCAGAGGAAGAGAAACUACCGCUGGCUCCCUGGUUGUGCCAACCCUACAUCCGCGCCUCUCCCGAGUCUCACCGCCAGAAGAUCGCCGAGAAGGUGCGCGAGGCCGAGGAUCCCAACAGAGCCAAGCGGCAGUACUUCGACAAUGCCGGCAACGAGAUCUCCCGCAAGCGGAUGAAAAAGCUGCGGAGGCGCCAGCGAAGACCCAACAAGACGGAGGCCCAGAUCCACCAACGAGUCGAGCGGCGAUUGGAAUACUGCUCGGAAUGCGCUAAUCCCAUGGGGUCCAAGUGCGAGUUCCAGCUGUGCCGCGUCUGCUGCAAGGACAGGUGCUACAACAACGAUCGUGACUGCCCUGGCCACGGGAUACUCAUCAAGUCCCGCAGGGCCAAGGCCAAGCAGUUCGAGGAGCUCAACGGAGAGGAGAACCACGAUGUGUCCACAAAUCCGGACAGUGAACCGACGAUAGAUGCUGUCGAAGCACAGGAUCCGCUUUGACGGUGACUUGACUUCGAGCCUUAGGAAAACACCACUCUUGUUUUUGUUCCUAUGAUCGCUAAUAAAUGUAGACUUUUGUUUAAGUA